CAACAGCAAGUCUGAAGGAAACAGGGUUAAAAAGCAUUAUGAACUGGCUUUGUGCUACAGGGUGUUUUCUCACGAAAAACCUUCAGCUGAAUGGAGCAGCAGUGGUAUCUGUCUGUGUAAACAUGCCUGUUGUGGUUGCCAAGGGAUCAAAUAACAGACUUGAAGAAACAAAGAGCCUGCAAGGAAUUCCAGAUGCAACCAUCCUUAUGGGAAAAAUAUUCUGUUAUCCAGUGCCAGUAUUUGCCUUUCAGGGAACGGUAACUCAGUACAAGGUCACUUUAGCCAGUGGUGCAGAUUUGCCAAAAUGGCUGGACUUCAACCCCAAUACAAACACGCUGCAAGGACUGCCAAUGGCAGGGGAGAGCGGAGCAUACCUGCUGAACGUAGCUGCCUCUGGAAGGACGCAUGCCCAGAAAACACCAGAAGCUGCUGGAAAUUUCACCAUCCAUGUUCAGGACAGCACCUUGUUCCUGGACACAGAGGGGAGCUUGAAUCACACACCAAACAACUACCAUAUUAGGUGUGGGAAGGAUGUUCCCAUCACUUCUGCUGAAAUCAUUCUCUCUACUGGAGCAGAAACCCUGGACGUACAGGAACGCCUCCACAUCGUGUACACCAUGGCCGAAUACCUCCACCUGGACUCCUCCCUACUAACCCUGUUGCAAUACACAGAUUCGGCACACAGAGGCUUGCAGAGCUUGACCGUACUGGCUGAAGACACAGAGCACAUCAACUUUACAGUGAACCAUUACGUAGGACUGUCCUGGCCUGUGGAGUGUGGAGGGUUUGCCAUGCUCCGCGAAUUCAGCCAAGUCCUGCGACACAACGUUGACUCACGUCACCUCUCACAGCUGCUGGGGCAUGAAAUUGCAGGCUGGAGAAUACUUAGGAGAGGUAAUUCUGAAAGAAAGUCUCCAAGACAACAACAUAGGCGAUUAAUGAUCACGCCAACACCUACAUUAAAACCAGUUAGAACUACCCAGAGACCAGGUGCAGGAGAUGCUUCCAGGCCUUUGUCCUCUACUGUGCCAAGCUGCUUACUCACACAACUUGCAGUACCACCUACUCAGAGCUUAUCAUCUUUCUGUGAAGAAAAUAUAAAAAUGGCAAGCUACAAGAUGCAGAAUAAUAUCCAUCUUAUAAGUCAAGGAAGUUUGGACACCUUUGAAAUGGACCCAGCACAGGACGUGCCAGCUAACCCACCAGUAUCUAUUAUGUUUGCAGACUCCAAUUUUCCAGAUCUUUUGCCUUCACUGAUUACUAAAACAUUGCUUCUCUUCACUGAACUGGAAGCGCUGCCUACUAGAGCUUCUGGCACAUCCUUGCUGUUAGAGCAGCCAGAGCCUCACCUGCCCGAGACAAACUCGUAUUUCCUUUCUAGUAAAUCAGAAGUAUCCACAUACCAUUUCCUACAGGACAUGACUUCUGACACAGACCAGCUUUCCCGUCCCAUGCACACUUGGGUGAUAAACACUCUUCAUGAAUGGCCUCAUAGCUCAGCAGAGGCAUUUCCUGCUAAGACAGAACAUCACGUCUUUUUGCCAGAAACAAUGUCAGUAUCAGAAGUGCCAGACUACAGUGACGAGGCAAAAAGCCACCUUCCAGAACUUGGAAUGCUUUCUAAUGCAUCCCUCUCUCCAGUAACACCCCCUUCUCUAUUCCCAAAAGCUUCAGCAGGAGCCACAACUUCGUCUGACUUCACAUUUCUCAUCGAUGAUGCGUUUCCACCCGUGCUAGCAAGUAGCAGUCUGAGCCCAGGGCUCACUAAUGACUAUGAACAGUUAUCUACGCCUUUUAUGACUAUCCCACAGCCCAGCAGGUUUCCAUUUGCUGGAGAGCAAAGCACAAUUUCUUCUGUAACCCAGGAUGAAGCACAGACCCUCUAUCCCGAAUUGAAUUGCAGUCCUGAAGCCUCAGCCUGCUUUUCUAGCAUCUUAUACAGCACUUUCCCUAGUAAAGCUGAAGCAUCUUACGAACUACAUCUGAGCAUUCUGUCUCAUCCUGAUACUGCUCCAGUUCUUACUCUCCCGGUAGGCUUUUCUAGCUUUGACACGUCUGAGCUAUCCAGACCAACAAAUAUACCUCGUUCUUCUUACAGCAGCAGCAUGCUCAGGACAGAGAUGCAGUCUGCAAGUAUUUUAUCCAGCAGCACAAGGGAAUUGCAUUCAGAUGGAGAUCUGGGAACAAGGAUUUUGCCAAAUGUCACCAAGCCUACUCUGGAAUCACACAAAAUCUCAGACAUCAAGUCGGAUGCUGUAGAAGUACCUCUGGUGACCUUAUUUAAUGCCCCUUAUCUGCCCAGCAAUAUACCAGAGGCGGUUCAGACACUAUGGCCAUCACACCCGGAUCCAAGCAUUUUGCUGUUUCCCACGUCUGAAAGACUACAGUCCAUGGAAAGUGGAUGGAUUCUUCCUCCAUUUUCUGUUUCACAAGAGCUUCAGAAUAUAAUCCCAGGGCAAGCAAACACUUCCCCAAAGGUUGUUCAUUCCAUUAAAUUCCUAACAGCAACUAUCGGAUGCCUCUUCUUGUUUCCUAUACCUGCCAACGCAUUUUAUGAUGAGGAAGAUGGCAACUCAACUCAGUUAUCUCUACAAAUCAUGCCAGCUGAUGGCUCUCCAUUGGGAUCAGAAAGCUGGCUGCAAUUUAACGCCUCUCAGCAAACCAUGCAUGGCUAUCCCCUUGAUAUUGAUUUCCAGUAUUCACCUCAGGAGUUUGUGCUGUCUGCCACGGAUUCAGGAGGACUGACUGCCUGGGAAUCCUUCACCAUUGAGCUUCUGAAGCCCACCAAUAUACCAUGUCACCUUUACACCAUCAGAACAAAAAACAGCUACUACUCUUUCCUGAGAGACAGGAAAAGGAUUAGUUUGUUUUUAGAAAAGCUCUCCCUCUAUUUGAACUCCAGCAGUCCCAAAGACAUCAUGGUGACCGCUCUCAAACCUGGCUCCACAGUAAUCUCAUGGUAUAACAGUUCACUGUGUACAAGUGCCAACAGAUCUUCCAGCUGGUGCGCAAGAGAUGAAAUCCAGGAAGCGCUAGAGAAAUUAAGAGCGCUGGAUGGGUAUGUUAGCCCACACUUCAUCCAAGCAAUGUUGCCAGAAUACAAAAUUGCUGCCAUUUUCAACAUUUCAUAUAGUGAAGUCUGCUUUCCCACUACAAAGCCAUUUGAUGCAUCUUUCAAGAGUAUUGUGCCUACUCUUCAAGACAAGAAUGACUCCAUGAUUAGGAACACUCCAUCUGCCUUACUAAGCAGUCUUUGUGUCACUGUUGGGGUGGUCCUGAUAAUAUUGGUUUACUGGUUUUGCAAGUAUCACAAGAAGAUUCCUGGAUCACAAUCUGUGACGUUUCAGAGAAACUCCCAGUUAAGCCAGGCUGAUGUGGAAUUGGAUGUCCUGAAGCCUCGUAAAGCACCUGUACACGAGUGCAGGGCUUCACAUUCACCUCAGUUAUGGAUACCACCCCCGGUAUCACUUACCGCCCAAAAGCAGUAUUCUAGACGGCCUCACAUUAUACCAUCUUUCCAGCCGCCAAAAUACCAACUCCCUCCCCGUUAUCAGGAGGAUCUGAUGACCCAGAAUGACCACAGCAACAUCCACAGACUUAAGUUAAUAUAAUUUAAAAGAUCCUAAGAGCAAACCUACAAAAAGACAAUUUGUACUAGAGUAUACUAUCCUUAUUACUCAGGAAAAAGUCACAGGCAGUUAAUGAUUUUCAUCAUUUUCCAGUUUAAAAUAGAACAUACUUAACUUACACCUGACAAAGAGGCAGUAGCAAAAUCAGAUCCCUGAAGCUAAGCACUGAAAAAAAUGCCAAGUAGAGCAGGUAAAGGAAUCUAGAGAUGAGGUGGGUAGAGUGAUACGCCUGUACAAGUCAGAACAAUAAAACGUAUACCAAGCUGAUCCCGGUUAGAAUGAGAGGUCACAGCCAGUACCAAGUAAAACUAACCCCAUUAUGACUCCCUGAUUCACAAAUAUUCUUUUUAUAUAGAAGAGGCAGAACUGGCAGAAGGACUGUCACAAAACACGACGCUUCCACUGAAAUGCAAAGGUGCUACAACCCUUGAGUCUCUAUGCCAUCUUGGAAUUUUAGAUUAGUAUUAUAAAAAAAAAAUGCAUCCAGUAAUUGCCUGUCUCUCACAGCUGACAUUACCUCCAUCCUCAACCUUUCAAAACUUUUUUUAGUGUUUCUAUUAAACACAUUACAUAUAGCAUUUAUAAAGGCAGCGGUAGCUACUUAACAUGAAACUCCUCCUGUUAGGUAAUUGUAUAAUGCACUCUUCAAAAUAAAUUUUGAAGUUACAGGCUUGGUUUCUUACAGUAA